UUGGCUACAAAUAAAACUACUUUUAUAAUUUCCUCAACUUCGUUUUUGUUGGAACAGAGAUUCUUCUCUCUCUCCAUCUUCAAAAUCUUCCAUGGGACAUGGGAAUGCACCGAGAACGAACAUCUAAUCGACCUCUGCUGCAAGUGUUUUGUGAAGAACUUGGAGAAAAAGGACUUAAGGCUGUUUAGUUAGGCAAAAUAUGAAAUAUGAAGAGCUAUGUGAAUGAUGGUUGGAGUAUGGAAUCAUGUUUAUUUUCCGCAGACACUACUAAAAGCUAGAAUUGUGGUAGUAUCAAAACUUGCCAUGCAAGCCUGUUUUUCUCCUUACUUGCGUACCAGCAAUGAAUUGUUACUUGGAGAAAAGAGGUAUUUCCAAUGAGAAUGGCAUUCGGGGUGUUCGAAGAGGAAAAAGAUUUGGCCGGGUUACCUUUCCCAGGCACAAAUUAUCAACAUGGACUUUUUUGUUUGGAACAAUAUUUCUGCUUUAUUUUGUAGUUUUCGGCCUAAAGAUGCCCUUUCAUGAAAAAUUAGAAGAUAGUCCUUUAAUACAACAACGAACUCACCGAGACCUUUGGGCAUCUGAGGCUGGUAGACCACCACUAACACCACCGCCGCCGCCGCCGCCAACACCAUCAACACCGCCACCACCUCCACCACCACCACCACCACCACCCCCACUCCCAUCAUCACCACCGAGAGGCAAACGUCAUAGACAGCAUAUUCCUUGCGAAAUUGGAUUUGCUAAAUCAGUUGAUUAUAUUGUUGAACCCAGCCACCUCACAAACUUUACACAGUUUUCGCUAAAAUACAUUGACCGAGAAGAAAAAGCUUCUUGGAACAAUAAUUUUGAUCUGAGAUUUGGAGGACACCAAACUCUUAUUGAAAGACAACAAUCCUUCUAUGCAAAGAAUCAAACUCUUCAUUGUGGCUUUGUCAAAGGACCACCAGGGUACCCGAGCACUGGAUUUGAGAUAAAUGAAAAGGAUAAGGCCUACAUGAAGUCAUGUAAGAUUGUUGUUUCAUCGUGCAUUUUUGGCAACUCCGACUUUUUGAGGAGGCCUACUAGCAAGCAAAUAAGUGGAUAUUCCAAGAACAAUGUUUGUUUUGUUAUGUUUGUGGAUGAACAAACUUUGUCAAAAUUGUCGUUGGAAGGAAAUGUCCCUGAUGAUGGAGGAAAGAUUGGCUUAUGGAGAUUAGUUGUUGUCAGAAAUUUACCAUACAAGGACAUGCGAAGAACUGGAAAAGUUCCCAAGCUUUUGUCGCACAGACUCUUCCCUUCUGCAAGGUAUUCAAUAUGGCUCGACAGUAAGAUGCGACUUCACACUGAUCCAAUGCUUAUUCUUGAGCGCUUCUUAUGGCGAACAAAGUCAGAAUAUGCCAUUUCAAACCAUUAUGAUCGACAUUGUGUAUGGGAAGAAGUACUCCAAAAUAAGCGUUUAAAUAAGUACAAUCAUACAGCCAUAGAUGAACAGUUUAAGUUUUACCAGUCUGAUGGCCUGACAAAGUUUGACCCUUCUGACCCAAAUAAACUUCUUCCCAGUUAUGUUCCUGAAGGUUCAUUCAUAGUUCGAGCACAUACACCAAUGUCAAAUCUGUUUUCUUGCCUUUGGUUUAAUGAAGUUGAUCGAUUCACCUCUCGUGAUCAAUUAAGUUUUGCGUAUACUUACCUGAAAUUGAAGGGAAUGAAUCCUGAUAAAUCAUUCUACCUUAAUAUGUUCAAGGACUGUGAGCGCAGAACACUAGCUAAGCUGUUCCGCCACAGGGUACUGGUACUGCCAUCUCCUCGACCUGCUUCUUGAUCCAUUAUAACACUCCUUACAAUACCUGCGUUACUUAAAUGUUCUAUAAGAAAAUAAUUAGAGGAUUAAACAAAUGAAAGAAAGGAUGUACAGUAUGUUGGUAAAGAAAAGGCACAAGACAAAUGACUUCAUCUUUUCAAGAAGCUUGUGAUUGUUGGUGUCUUGACAUCAUUAUUAUAGAAAACAAUCUGUACCCAUAUGAAAAAUGUCGCACAUGUCAUUGUCGCAAACACAGAAAAGCCCCCUUGAUUUUCCACCCUGACAGAGCUUAUGUUAGAUGCAGAAAUGUAAAUUGAAUGAAGAACCAGUAAAAUAUAAAGAAAAACAGAAAGAACUCAUCUAUUGCGGAAUGAAUAUCCUGGGAUCGGAACAUCAGUUGCCACUGUAAAGAUGGUCUGGUGGAUUGCUUUGGUUGGGUAUGUAGCAUGUAACAUAGCAAGAGAGCUAUGCAGUAAAUUAUUUAUACAUUUUGAGUACAUGUUUAAUCAGCAAUUGUUGGUCUCUUCUUGAAAUCAUAAUUAUAGGACAAGAAACCAAAUCUGUUAUGCAUUAUUUUCCCAACAAUUAAGUUACUUGUGGGUUUGGUGAUUAGUUUUCAGGGAUACACCAAUUUUGGCAAACAGACCCUUUCGUAUUUUUAUGAUUCUUGAUCAGUAAUCACCAAAAAUAGGUUCAUAGUAUGUUAUAAUUUCUAAUAUUCUUAUGGACCAUGUCACUCUCUUUGAACUUGUUUAUUAUUCUUAAUAUUACAUUUUGUUGGAUAA